GGGUUAAUCAUUAUUCGUUCUCGCUUCGAUUCGGGCGCGUUUCUUGUCGAGUCUGGUUUCCCAAAAUUUUCUAGAAAAUUUCGAGAGUUUUUCCGCGUAAAGUUAAACGAUUCGAUUUUUUAUCGCCUUACAGGAUGGUGCAGUGAAAAUUUCGAUGUGGUUAUUCAAUUUAUCAUGGAACUUCGCUGAAUAUCCUUCGCUGGAAUGGGAUUACGGUUUGGAUAGCGGAUUGUUCUCGUACUUUGUUCGGUAGCCAAAUAAAAGUUGUGAGGAGUUAAAAAUUUUCUCGUGAAAAUUGGGCGAGGUGUGAGAAGAUUAUAGGGAAUAUCCUCCCUCAUGUAGGUCGGUGGGUGGCCGUCAGGUGAAUGUGGUGCUGCCAGAAGACAAGGAGCAGCCGUGUUUUCUUGCAAUAUACAAACCUCGCGAAAGACCAUUGUGUUACAUGUACGGGAAAGUGGAGCACUAGAACUCGGCCAGGAUCCGAGAGUCCUCUGGGAAAGGGAACAGAAACAAAAAAGUUUGUUCUCCGUGAAAUGCCAAGGUUUUUCGCCUUUCACGAAUAGUUGAGAAGGCCGUAUGAAUAUUAAUGUGAUGAAAAUCUAAAUAAGCCAGAAGCAAUCUAAGAGCAAAUAGGCCGAGGGUUGUUGUCACUGAAACCCCUAAAAGGAUACCAGAAUAUAAAUUUGUGUUUAGAAGAGCAACAGUGUCACUACUAAGGGUAAAACCAAUUGGAAACCAAGCGAAGAAUUAGAUAAAUACUGGAUCAAAAGGAUAACAUUUGACAAAAAAAUAAAAAUGUUGUCGGUCAUCAAAAGGAUACAUCUAACCGAGAUAGCAUCACCAGAUCAGAAGGAAUAGCUAUUUCCAUAGAAUAAAUUCGUACCCCUUCCAACUGAGCCAACUGGAUGGAGUAAAAAGCCUUCUAAAAGAUUACCUGAUGGUGGUCUGACUGUUAUGCGUCAGAUGAAACAUCAUUGGAUAAACCCUAAAACUAAAGUAGUCAACAUAAGCGACCCACGCAUUCAGUGAUGCAAUUUUGUGCGUGCCUGGCACCCAUUUCGCUAGAACCAUGGUUUUAAGCAGCGAAUGGUCCCAGGUGGAGAUAAUCGAUCUGGUAAACGAUGGCAACGGUCUCGGCUUCAUGUUAGUGGGUGGACGUAGUACCGGAGUUGUCAUCAAGGCACUCAUACCCGGAUCUGUCGCAGAGCGAGACGGCCGAUUGCAGAGUGGGGACCACGUGCUACAGAUCGGAGAUGUCAACCUACGAGGAUUUAGCUCCGAACAGGUAGCUACCGUGCUGCGGCAAACCGGGCAGCAAGUGCGAUUGAUAGUGGCUAGACCGGUGGAGCCAACCUCCCCGGACUAUCAGGCGCUGGCCAGCCAUGCCCCAAUCAUACCGACCAAAAUGUUAACAGAUCCGGAGGAACUGGAUCGAACAUUGCUACAGACGGCUGGCUACACUUCCGGAGCUUUCUUGCAGUCACCGAUGGAAGAAUCGGAAGAACUUUGUCCUACUCACAUCGAAGUGGUUGCCGUCAAUAAUACAAUAAAUAUCGAUAAUAAUAGUUUAGCGCUGAUCUCGCCUUCAUCGAUAUCAAUUCCACAAGUGCUUAGCCAACCGUUGCUGGACUUGAGCCAGCAGCAUCAAACGCAGCUCCCACCUCAGCUGACUUCUCCGGAUCUUCAGCAACCGUUCGUUGACUCCCCGGAGACACCCGAAACGGAGUCGUAUGAGGUAGAGCUGAGGAAAAACGUUUAUGGCUUAGGAAUAACGGUUGCCGGAUAUGUGUGUGAGGAAGAAGACCUGUCGGGGAUCUUUGUGAAAAGUAUCAUCGAAGGCAGUGCUGCGGACAUGAGUGGUGAAAUUCAGAUCAAUGAUCGUAUAGUCGCUGUGGAUGGAAAAUCAUUGAGCGGAGUUACCAAUCAUCAGGCGGUCGAGAUUUUGCGGAACACAGAUAUAGCGGUUAACUUGAAGUUGGAACGGUUCUUGAGAGGUCGAAAGUUCGAACACCUGCAGGUGGCCUUGAUCGAUACUGCUUCGUCUAAUGGACAGAAUGCGAGCAAUUCGCACGUUUCCCAGUGUCAGCAAAGGUGCUCAAUAGUGCAGUCACCAUCGGUGACGACGUUGUCUAUUUGCCCAGCCAAAUCAGAUGCAGACUCGAUUGUAACCGAGUGUGGUGAGUGCGGUAUUGAUCCAGAGAUGGAAUCGGCUACGACUUACGACUCCAACAUCUAUAUGUUGGAAAACGGCGAUUGUAGUGAGAAUGGGUUGUAUGAAAAUGGAGCAAUAAUAGCGGCAAUGGCAGCUUCGACUGCUGCCACACCUAUGAGGGAGAAUAUGGACCUAAUGAUAGAUUGCUUUAGUGAUGAUUUGCGUAGUGCUUCUCAGCUGGUGACACCAAUUGUGGAAAUAGAUCCCAUUGUGUCGAUGUGGCAAAGAGACAUUCCUAAUAAUCUAGUGAUAUAUGCGGAUAUUCACAAAUUAUCUGGAUUAGGGAUAAGUUUGGAAGGUACGGUUGAGGUAGAGGGUGGAGUAGAAGUGCGUCCCCAUCAUUAUAUCAGAUCGAUUUUGGAAGAUGGGCCAGUGGGUCGUGAUGGGACUUUGAAACCGGGGGAUGAACUGUUACAAGUCAAUGAACAUCGUCUUCAGGGUUUGAAACAUAUCGAAGUAGUAAAAAUUCUCAAGGAGCUGCCAUCAAAAGUGCGAGUUAUCUGUGCACGUGGUACUUCUGCACCGACUGUGAUCAAUACUUCGCAAAACGCCGAGGCCUUCGAAGCGCGAAGCAUCUUAGCCGGAGGCCUACAGAGCCUUCAAGGUAUCCUGACGAAGGCUCAGUCAGAGAGUUCCUUGUACACUUCAAGUACAGCAACUCUCACUGAUCAACAGCGAUCGAAGUCUGUUGAACAGAUAUCCGGAUUAGCACUGUGGACCAACGAAGUAAUGUACUGCAACAUCGAAAAGACCGAGCGAGGAUUCGGAUUUUCUAUUCUAGACUACCAGGAUCCGUUGGACACGGAAGGAACUGUGAUCGUGGUCCGAGGAUUGAUUCCCGGGGGAUCAGCUGAGGCAACAAACUUCAUAUUUCCUGGUGAUCGGUUGGUUUCGGUAAACGAACAUAGCUUGCAAGGGGCAACGUUGGACCAGGCGGUGAGUAUACUGAAAGGAAUUCCGUUAGGAACGGCCCGGAUAGGUCUGUGCAGGCCACUCUCAACGUCGGAUAACAACCUUUCGUCCACACCGGAAACACCUACCACCUAACUACAGAUAAUUGAUCUGUUUUUCGAGCUUGACAUCUAAUCUCGUCCCGAUCUAGAUGGUUGCAAGUCUCGGUACAACUGUUAAAAGCAGAUCAGUUCAUUUUAGUUCCAAUACCUAUUCCGUUGUUCAACAAUCAGUUUCCUAUAGAUGUCAAUUCCAUCCGUAGGAUAUUAAGCAGUAGCUAUCCUGAGUGCGCUUGUAGAUAAAUGUGACACUUCGACUUCAUAAAUUACUUGACCGCAAACGAUAUGCUAAUGAGUGCGAAUUUUAUUAGGUUUUGAACAGUAUGAACACAGGCAAACACAAAGUGUUGAAUUAUGGCUAUGUUUUUUAGCAACAGAGGGUAGCAUGCAUGCUGCUGACUAAGAGAUAAUGAACGGGAGGAAAACAUAAAACGAGAUUAUGUCGCAUUUCGUGGGCCAGACCUUCCUUAGGAAGGACACAAAAUAACCGAGGAACAUUAAGUAGUUUUGAUAAACGGCUUGCGGAAAAAAUACGUUCUGCGUAAAUUCUAUUAGUUCGCUGCUAAAAUCGAAAAAUAACACAUAAAAUACUAAACACAAAGCAAAUUGCUAGAGUAAAACAAUGCGCAUUGAAACACUGCACAAGAUAUUUUGUUUCUAAUGAAAAUACAAACGGUAUCCUGAACUCACUAUUGACAUUGAGGACGAUAAUUUAUUUGUGUUUCUAUGUGACAAUCAGUUCCAGUUACAAUCAAAAAUGUUACUCGUGUUAUCUAUUCUUAAAGAAAUGUUAUCCUAAGAUGUUUUAUUUUUGUUAAAAACUAUAAAGGAAUAAAAAUUCUUUAUAUGUGACAUCCCGAUGGUAGCAAAUUUUUUAAUUUAGAAAUACAAGCUAUUAGCCACACAAAGUGCAGCACAACAAAAGCUUCGAUCUAGGUUAAAAAGACAGUCAAUGAAAACAAUAAGAGCAAAACAAUGACAUAUAAACUGUACGAUAUCUUCACCGACGAAGAAAGAAAACUUUCGAACAAAUUUUAUCACUCCAAUUUCAAAAUACUAUCGUAUAACAAGAGAGAAUAUAGUCUACAACAAAAGAAAUUCAAUACACAUCACUCUAGAAUAUAUAGACACAAUCGAGUAACGAAGCGAAAAAAGCAAAGCUUUUUAAAUUAUGAGAACCAAAUAGAACACGGCUCUGUGGAUGAGUAAAAGUUAUUGAACACAAAAAAUCGAAAUAAUAAAAUAUUCUGAA